AUGCAUGUUCAAAUUGGUGGAGAAAUUCAAGAAGGAAAAGAUAUUACCUCAGCUAUUGAAAAUGUUGCAGGCACUUCAUUUGCCCAUAUAGAGCCAAACCAUGUGAGAGAUAAAAAAGAAAAAGAAAAAUCUAUGACCAUAUCUGGUAUAUCCAAUUGGUUUGAAUGGAGUUGGCCAAUUGAAGGUGACAAUGCAGGAUAUAUUCAGGCAUGUUCAAUACCAAAUAUUGGAAGAUGGUUAUCAUUUUCUCCAGCCCUAAUACUGAAAAAUGAAAUCAACCAACCAUCACACCAAAAUCUCCAUGGAAAAUACCUAUUCCACAUGCAUCAGAAAUUGAUAGAAGUGUUGGAUGAAGAAUUGAGACAUGAAACAUUAGCAAGUAUAGAAGGCUCACAUUUGAGGAACCCAAAUAUGUCUAAUAAAGAAGAAGAAAUAAG